GUUCUUGGUCUCCUAAAUAAAUAAGGAUUUCUAUAUCAAAUUUCCACGUAGAUCUAUGAAGCUGUCUCUAUGUAUUUCAAGGAUUUAAAAAUAAGUUAAACUCCUCCAGCGACCUCGAGAUCGGAAGUUUUAUUGUACGCAGUGCUUGCGUUAACCAGACCAUCGACGAAGCUGAGAUGGUUCAUCUCGAGGCUCGCGGGUCAUUUAAGGAUAGCGACGACGACAAUGAAGAGAUGAUUAAGGGAGUUUCGUCAGGCCGUUCCCAACCACGUAAAUGUUCCCCACGUACAACUUCAAGUCAACAUGUUAGAAGAUCUGGACAUGAAAUCCUAUCAAACACUUGGAGAUCUUGGAAAUGGGAGAUUCUGUCUUGCGUCCUUGUGCUAGCGUCGCCUUUGGUUAUACUGGCUACGUUAUAUCCAUAUGAUGGGCGACCUUUACCUCAAUGGCCGUUUCGAGUAUCUGUGAACACAUUGCUCUCCAUUUAUUCCAUGGUAUUGAAGACUGGCCUAGCAUUUGUGGCCGCCUCAUGCAUCGGUCAGUUACAAUGGAUCUGGUUCUCCCAGGGACGUCCGAUUUAUGAUCUUGUUCGAUAUGAUAAUGCGCGCCAAGGCCCAUGGGGAUCACUACAAUUGCUUUGGGCACAGCGUUUAUGCCAGCCUAUAACGGCUUUAGGUGGACUUCUCCUUAUUCUGUCCGUCGGAAUUGACCCUCUCAUUCAGCAGCUUAUUGGCCUCUACGACUGUAGUGUGGUAGUCGAUGAUAAAAUAGCUACAUUGCCUCGUACAAAUAAAUUUGAUGAUCAGGAAGAAGUACCAACAACUGGUUAUGAAAUUCAAUCGGCUAUUUCACAAGGAAUCGGGAAAUUAGGGAACGGCUUAUACCCCGACUGUGCAACUGGGAACUGCUCUUUUCCAAAUUCUUACGGCACUUUGGGAUACUGCAGCCUUUGCGAAGACAUAUCUAAUGAGAUUACUAUUGACACGACUUAUACCCCUUUAAAAAAUUCAACCGACUGGCCGUACGCCAACGGCACUAUCGUUAUAAAAUCUAGUCUUCCUGAGGGAAUAUACUCGAUAAACGAUGAAAGAGUAUCCUCACGUCUGAAUGUGACGUAUUCUAUCAUCACUUCUGAGAUGUUUCCACAAGAGAAUUUUGGUCCGGGUGGAGUUGAAGUAGCUAAAAUGAGCCAAUUUUGUGACGACUGCGAUGACCAAGGAUAUUCAAACAGACCAGAGAGAAUCACAGUAAGAAUACUGGCCGGGAAAACGACAUUCUCUGAUAAACAUAUCGACAUGUCUACCGGACAAACUAUAAGGGGUUGUGGAAAUGGGUCUUUUAUUAACACAUGGAACUGCAGGGGAUACGGCGCGGCUACUUGCGUGAUUCAACCAUGUAUAAGGGUACAUAACUCUACAGUAAAAGCCGGUCACCUAAGUGAGCAUCUACUCACUCAAUCAGGUAAUUUGGAAUUGCGCAACAGGGCUGUUGUGGAUAUUGAAUGCCUUACACCCCAAAACAAAAGCAAGCUGAUAGAUCAAGGAUAUGUUAUUGACGAAACACUUCGUUGGCUUCCUUAUAACGUCUCGACGGAUGUCAGCGGUGCACUAUUGCCCAUAAAUAUGACUGGUUCGCUCCUUGCCCAAAAAUGCCUAUAUUUUAUAGCCAAUGGCUUCUUAACGGGUUCUGGGUCUUUCGAAAUACGCGGAAACUUCGAUAGCGCUCUGAAAGGCGUCGGUGGAAAGACAGAUGACAAAGGCAUGAUUAUUAACGAAUUCGACGGGUCAGAUAUUAUACGAAAUCUCUAUAACUAUGGUCAUAUAGACUUCAACUACGUUCAAGAUAUGUUUACGAACAUAUCCGAGUCCUUAACUACUUAUAUUCGGACUAAUGGGGACAAGAACUAUUCGGAGCCCGCUAUUGGCCAAGUCUUCCAUUAUGCCACCUGUAUAAAGGUACAAUGGCAAUGGAUCGCAUUCCCGUCGUCAUUGGCUCUUAUGACCAUACUACUAUUCGUAUGGACCGUAUGCUCUAAGGAACCUAGGAGCUUCCCGGCUUGGAAGGCGUCCCCUCUUCCUUGGCUCAUGUAUGGGCCAGAGGGCUCUAGGCUUUUUGACAUGGACGAGUUGGAAGAGAUAGAACACGAAGUUGACGAGAUGGAGAAUAUAUCUAAGGAGGUUAUCAUCACCUGGAAGCUCUUACCGAAUCCACACAUUCAGACGUAAUCAUAGCAUUAAUUAGACGAAGGUGUGGUUGGUGUAGAGAUAUUUAGAGGUGGAUUUCAUGUCAUGGGAAUUUGGUCGCCCUUAAGCUCGUCAGCUAUUUUAAGAAGUUAAUCAUGAUGUCCAGCAUAAUAAUACUGGGUAAAUCUGAACUACUUGAAUUGGCUUGUAAAGUCAUCUGGUCGUCCAACCUGAAUGGGACUGAGUAACUGCUGAAGUAAAUGCUGCCCUGUUUGAAGACACAUCUACCUAAUAAAUACCUAAUCAAGAAGAAGAAAUUGCAAAUGAGGCAACUAGUGGAAUGGUUACAGUAAAAUAAUAAUUUAAGAGGGACCAUUUCGCUGUUAUUUACUCUAAAGUACCACCUUUCGCAGCUGUUAUCAGUGCUAAGAGGUACCUACCUACCUAAGGUAGGUGGUGUGCCAAUUAGC